AUGAGCGCGAUCCUGUCAGCAGACGAUCUAAAUGAUUUCAUUUCGCCCGGGGUCGCGUGUAUCAAACCAGUUGAAACCCUUCCACCCAAAGAUACAAAGAAUCAAGAAAAGACAAAGUCCAGCCUGAGGAUCUACCCCCCCGCACAGAUUUCUUUGACAGACUGCCUCGCUUGCUCUGGCUGCGUUACAUCCGCCGAGGCAGUGUUGAUAUCGCUCCAGUCUCACGCCGAGGUCCUCAAUACACUCGAUGCGCAUCCGGAGAUUCCCUUGACGCAUGACCCUCAUGGCGUGAGAGUCAAUAAUAGCGAAGACUCUGGAGAGGGCAAGAUCUUCGUGGCCAGUGUCAGCCCACAAGUCAGGGCAAGUCUGGCAACAACCUAUGGGAUUUCAGAGAAAGAAGCGGGGUACAUGAUCGACCAAUUACUUAGUGGCCCGCAGGGUUUGCGAGGCGGGGGUGAACACGGCAAUGGAUUUACAUGGGUGGUCGACACCAAUGCCAUGCGAGAGGCUGUACUGGUACUCACUGCAGACGAGGUUUCGGACUCGCUCAACUCGGGGGAGUCGUCAGCAACGGGCCAGUCAGAUGACUCUCUUCCCAAACGACCUGUCUUAUCCUCAGCUUGUCCCGGAUGGAUCUGUUACGCUGAGAAGACUCACCCGUUUAUCCUUCCUCACCUUUCUCGACUCAAGUCCCCGCAGGCUCUGUCGGGGACCUUCCUCAAGACCGUUUUGAGCAAGUCUCUCGGUGUCCAUCCUUCUCGGAUUUGGCAUUUGGCAGUCAUGCCCUGCUUUGACAAGAAGCUAGAAGCUAGUCGAGAAGAACUCACGGAUGUGUCAUGGCGACAGGGAGAUUCCUCGGGCUCUGAGACACAGCCUGUUCGCGACGUAGACUGUGUUAUCACUGCUCCUACGGGUACUUCUGGAGGCUACCUACACCAUGUUCUCAUAACUUUCCAAGCUCGCAACCCAGGCAGCGAACUUGUGAUCAACCGCGGACGCAAUGUUGAUGUCGUCGAGUACGUGCUCAUGUCUCCAGAGGGCCAACCCAUUCUGAAGGCAGCUCGCUAUUACGGUUUCCGAAACAUCCAAAACCUUGUUCGGAAACUCAAGCCCGCGCGUGUAUCGAGGCUCCCCGGUGCGAAACCAGCCGCUAGGCCCGCCGCAGGUCGCCGCCAGCCUAUGUCUCGUAACGCCGUGUCCACAGGCAGCUCAGGCUCAGAUUACGCCUACGUGGAGGUCAUGGCCUGCCCUGGUGGAUGCACGAAUGGCGGUGGCCAGAUCCGAGUCGAGGACGCCAGAGAAAUCCUUGGUCCUUCCCAAGGAGAGGCACUGGACGCAUCUAUGAAGCCAUCACCACAUGAGCAGCGCGCGUGGCUAGCUCGUGUCGAUGAGGCUUAUUUCUCCAUGGACUCUGAGUCUGAGUCUGAACUGGAGACUCAGUCUCAGCUGUCUUCGUUGGCUGACAAGGAGGCUAAAAUCCAUGAACGCUUGCGGUCUUGGUCAGAAUACAUGAACAUUCCUCUCUCUAAGCUCGUCUAUACUACCUAUCGCAAGGUAGAAAGUGAUGUUGGCAAGGAUCAAACGCCUGCUAAUGAUACGAGUCGGGUUGUGGAGCUUGCGGGGAAGAUUGGUGGUGGUUGGUAA